UUUCUUUUUCAUUGCGAAAUCGUGUAGACGACGGUAUUGUCCCGUGGUUUGUCACACUCCUCACAAUGGUUGCGGCUAAGAAACAGAAAAAGACCAUCGAGUCUAUCAACUCGCGCUUGGCGCUUGUUAUGAAGUCUGGCAAAUACUGCCUUGGCUACAAACAAACCUUGAAGACGCUGCGUCAGGGCAAAGCCAAGCUGGUGAUCAUUGCCAAGAACGCCCCUCCUCUAAGGAAAUCGGAGAUUGAGUACUAUGCUCUGUUGGCUAAAACUGGAGUCCACCACUACAGCGGAAACAACAUUGAGUUGGGCACAGCUUGUGGAAAGUACUACCGAGUUUGCACCCUGGCCAUCACUGACCCUGGAGACUCGGACAUCAUCACCACCUUACCAGAGGCCACUGUUUAAACUUUAAUAUAAGGAUAAAAUUU